AUGGCUCGGUCAAUCGUUUGUCAUGUUAUAUUAUUUGUGGUGGUGAUAUUGUUCGCAGUUGGUGAUGCGGCAACCCCACCGGGAAUUGCUAACAACCCAAGCCAAGCAACUUGUAAAGACCCGUCAUACAAACAAUGUUACAACUUGGUGCAUGUUUGUCCUAAGUUUUGUGAUAAUGGGUGUACCGUUCAUUGUCAGUCAUGCAAACCUAUUUGUAUUGGCUCCACUACACCAUCACCGCCUGAAUUAGAACCCCCACCAUCUUCACCUCCCACCAUUACUCCGCCAUCUCCAACCACUCCCACACCAUCAACACAUGCUUACUCACCGCCUCCUUACUCACCACCUCCCACCACUCCUUCACCACCAACUCCGUCAUCAUCACCUCCCACCACUCCUUCACCACCAACUCCGUCAUCCCCACCUACCACCACUCCUUCACCUCCAACACCGUCAUCACCACCUCCCACCACUCCUUCGCCUCCAACUCCGUCAUCCCCACCUCCCACCACUCCUUCACCUCCAACACCGUCAUCACCACCUCCCACCACCCCUUCUCCACCAACUCCGUCAUCACCACCUCCAGUCGUCCCUUCACCUCCAACACCGUCAUCACCACCUCCUACCACCCCUUCACCUCCAAUAGACUCAACACCACCAACGCCAUCCUCACCACCUCCUACCACCCCUUCACCUCCAACAGACUCAACACCACCAACCCCAACCCCAAACCCAUCCUCACCACCUCCCACCACCCCUUCACCACCAACAGAUUCAACACCGCCAACCCCAACCCCAACCCCAUCCUCACCACCUCCUACCACCCCUUCACCUCCAACAGAUUCCACACCACCAACUCCUUCCUCACCACCUCCUACCACCCCUUCUCCACCAACAGAGUCCACUCCUCCAACACCGUCCUCACCAUCUCCCAACACCCCUUCACCACCGACACCAUCCCCAUCAAAUCCUCCAUCACCGCCUACCCCCACACCUUCCCCAUCACCUCCUACAUGGUUCCCUACUCCACCACCUCAACCAAAGAAAGCCAAGUGCAAAAACAGCAACUAUCCCCAAUGUUAUGCCACUGAGCAUGUUUGCCCUGCUUCUUGUCCUAAUCAAUGUACUGUUGAUUGUGUUACAUGCAAGCCAGUUUGUACUUGCGACAUGCCUGGAGCAGUUUGCCAGGAUCCUCGUUUCAUUGGUGCUGAUGGCAUCACUUUCUAUUUCCAUGGAAAGAAGGAUAAAGAUUUUUGCCUUGUUGCCGAUAACAAUCUACACAUUAAUGGCCACUUCAUUGGCAAGCGAAACAAAAACAUGGGCCGGGAUUUUACCUGGGUUCAAUCCAUUGGGGUUCUUUUUGACAACCACAAACUACAAAUCAAUGCUCAAAAAACCUCUAACUGGAAUGACGACAAUGAUCGUAUCUCCAUCACAUUUGAUGGGGAAACUAUCCUUCUACCUAAAACCGAAGGUUCCAAAUGGCAGUCUUCCUCAACUUCAAUCACUCGGAUUCAAGAUACCAACAACAUUGUUGUUGAAGUUGAAAACCUGUUCAAGAUCACUGCUAAAGCGGUUCCAAUAACAACGAAAGAAUCAAGGAUCCAUAACUAUGGUAUAACCGACGAUGACUGCUUUGCGCAUCUUGAUCUCAAGUUCAAGUUCUUUUCAUUAAGUGAUGAAGUGGACGGGGUGUUGGGACAGACUUACAGGAGUGACUAUGUGAGCAAGGUGAAAAUGGGCGUGUUAAUGCCUGUGAUGGGUGGGGAUAACAAGUUUGUGAGUGCAAAUUCGUUUGCGACUGAUUGUUCUGUCGCUAAGUUUAAGGGCAGCAGCCAUGAAAACGGUUCCUCUUUGAACUUGGAAUUGCCAAGCCUGAUAUGUCAAAGUGGUUUGAGCGGACGAGGGGUCAUAUGCAAGAGAUAG